AUGCCUUACAUCACACUCCGAGAAAAGUCUCUCUAUUACCGUCUGGUUUCUCCAGAGCAGGGUAAUGCCGCCACCGGCACGACCUUCUUGUUUGUUCACGGGCUCGGCUCUUCGAGCUCCUUCUAUGCCACCAUCAUACCGUCUCUAGUUGCUGCAGGUUACACUGGCGUUGCUUUUGACACACACGGCAGCGGCAACUCCAAGUACAAUGGCCAGUACGGCGGUAUUGGCGGAAUAGUGGAGGAUGCAAAAGAGCUGAUCAAGCAGCUCAGCCUGGAUACCAGCCGCUUGAUCGCGGUCGGGCACUCCAUGGGCGCAAUCGUGGCCUCGGAGCUGUCUGUGCAAUUAGGACUUUGUGGUGCCGUCUUGAUCGGCCCGGUCAACCCAAACCCUGGCCUGGCACCCAUCUUUGACGCGAGGAUAGCAACCGUGGAGAAGAACGGCAUGGACGCCAUGGCAGACACAAUUCCGGCCGCGGCAACCGGCCCAAAGUCGACAGAAACGCAGCGAGCAUUUAUCAGAGCCCUGCUCCUGUCGCAGAGCCCCGAAGGCUACAACUCCCUCUGCAAGGCCAUCUCUGAUGCCAAGCAGCCGGAAUAUGCGCAGAGCCAGAGCCCACUGCUCAUCAUUUCAGGAUCUCACGAUAAGACGAGCCCGCUAGAAGCCGCUCAAAAUAUCCAAAAGAGCUGGGGAACUGGUGUCAAGACUCGAUUGGAGAUCUUGGAAGGCGUCGGUCAUUGGCAUUGCAUAGAGGCCGCCGAUGAGGUAGAGAAGCUCAUUGAGGCUUUUGCAGGCGAACUUAGAUAG